UUCAAUUACCUUUUAAAGGUGAAAAAUCCCUAAUUUUGUCUCUGUCUUAGCCUACCAGGAGAGGAAAGGGAAAAAGAAGAAACGUUGAAGAACAAAAAUGGUGUUUUACUUCAAAGCCCGACCAGAGGUUGGCGAUUACACCAUUUUCAUGGGUCUCGACAAGUACGAGAACGAGGAACUCAUUAAAUACGGCUUACCCGAAGAUAUUUGGUUCCAUGUGGAUAAAAUGUCUUCUGCUCAUGUUUAUGUAAGACUUCAAAAAGGCCAGACCGUCGAUGAUAUCAGCGAAGGUUUGAUUGAAGAUUGUGCUCAGCUUGUUAAAGCUAAUUCCAUCCAAGGCAACAAAGUGAAUAACGUUGAUGUCGUUUAUACUCCAUGGUCAAAUUUGAAGAAAACUCCUUCUAUGGAUGUUGGCCAAGUCGGCUUUCACAAUUCCAAGAUGGUCCGGACUGUGAGAGUGGAGAAGCGGAUAAAUGAGAUAGUUAACAGGUUGAAUAAGACAAAAGUGGAAAGGAAACCUGAUUUGAAAGCUGAGAGAGAAGCCGUUAAUUCCGCAGAAAGAGCAGAGAGAAAGCAACAGUUAAGGGAAAAAAAACGACGUGAGGAACUGCAAAGGCUUGAAAAGGACAGACAAUCAGAGAUACUAAGCUACAAGGGUCUCAUGGUCUCGGAAAAGAUGACGUCAAACAAACAAAUUGCAUCAACAAGCAAGUCUUUGCAGGAACUUGAAGAGGAUUUUAUGUAAACAUAUUGGUAUUUGAAUGCCAAUUAUGAUGCCGAAUACCUACUGCUCGUGAAAAAAUGGCAUUUUGUUGUCACUUCUUUUUUUUUAUUUAUCAUUAUUGCGGGCUUGAAGUUUUUGCCUCAGGAAUAAGUUACCUCGGACCUGACUAUUUGAUAGGAAAAAGAGAAAGAUAAAACAUGAAUUGGACUGAAGUUCCAGUAAAAUGAAGACUAGGUUGAAGGUGGGACUGAGGGGAAUGAGAUUUCUGUUGUAGCUGGCAGUAUUAUUUCUACUGAACAUGAUUCAUGAUUCUAUUGCUGUGGUUUAAUGUAAUUUAUUCUGAUUGCAAAUUUGCAAGUCUUCAUGCCAUAUCACUAUGGUUUUGCUUAUGUUAUGCCAUCAAGGGUUAGAAAUUAUCAAAUUACUCGUUAACAAUUUUAUAUGAUUGUACUACUGAAUUUAUGACUUACUUUUUGAAUGUCGAGAAGGUGCCCCCGAGUAUCAGCUCACUUCCACCGCCUCCCAGGG